AUGAGCGAAUCUUACACCACCGCCGAUGUUCAGAAGCACAAGGAUGAAGCCAAUGGCUUCUGGCUUAUUGUCGAGAAUGACGUUUAUGACGUGACAAACUUCAUCGAUGAGCACCCUGGUGGCGCCAAAAUCCUGAAGCGCUGGUCUGGAAAGAAUGCGACAAAGGCCUUCUGGAAGUACCACAACGAGGGUGUCUUGAAAAAGUACGGCAAGGACCUCAAGAUUGGUUCCGUUGCUGAGAGCGCCAAGCUAUAA